GGGAGCUGCUGCUUCAACAGGUGACACCGAGCACUUUAAGCAGCGGCUGCUAGCUCAAUCUACUUUCGAAGGGUCUCCGCUGUGCCGCCAUGGGGUUUUCGUUGUGGCAGGAAAUAAGAGGAAAGAGGAAAGGGGCCCAACCUGCCAAACUUGCAGUGCACAGGGGGAGGAGGAGGAGACGCAUACUCUUCAUGGAGAGGUAAGGAUUUCUGCCUUGUCCUGGAGGGAAAACUCUCUGGGAACAGAUUCUAGACUGGAAGCACAUCGGGUGGGUGGGAGACGUUGUAAUCGUAGAAUCGUGGGGUUGGAAGGGGUCACAGGGUCAUCUAGUCCAGCCCCCUGCAGUGCAGGAAUCUCAUUUAAAGCAUCCAGGACAGAUGGCCAUCCAGCCUCUGCUUCAAUGAAGAAGAUAUCUGAUGAAUAUCAAGUGCUUGCUUCUGGAGUGUGGAUCUUGGCUGUCUGUGUCAGGUGUGGAAUAAAGGAGUUCUGGAGAGGCAGGAAAAUGCUGUGCUGAAUUCAGGGAGGGGGGCUCCCCUCACUUGGGAGAAGGCUUUUGUGUAGCCUCUGUCUGUCAGGGACUGGGCAGAGGAGGAAUGGGGGAGACCGUCUCCCCAGCCUGACCCUUCCAGAGAAGAAGAAGACAGCUUAGAUUUACAACAGGGGUUUCAGGGAGGUCACAGCUCAGAGGCAGAUGAGGGGAAAGGCUGGGAAAUAAUGGGAGAGGAGGAGGAGGACGGGGGAGAACCAGGGGGGCCACAGCUGACACAGUGUCCUUAGAAAGCGUUCCAGACCCCCCCCCCCCUUCCAAAAUAUAGCAGGCCUUGGAAGUUGGAGGGCAAAGAGCUCAAAGGCUGAGGGCACUUCUCAGCACCCAUAGGGAUGACAAAUGAGGAAUGGGAGAGACGGGUGGGGUGCAGUUUCACUCGAAGCAACACAUUAUUCCGAGAGGCUGUAUUCCCAAGCCUCUCUCUGUGAAUACUGAGUAAAAGCUGAUGGUAAGGACUUUUCCAUAUAUUAUCCGUUCAUGGCAAGUUGCCAUGGGGUUGGUUCCUCUGCCGCCUGAUACUAUCAUACAAACCUAGACAAUUGUUUUACUCUAUUAAGGGGCCAGAUUUUGGGGGGGGGGGACAUGUGUACUUGUGUGUAUGUGUGUGUAUAGAGGCUGCCCCAGCACAUGGCAAGAAUCUGUGACUGGCAUCGCUAUGUUAACUCCUUGGGAGAACCCAGAACUGUUAGGGACUGAAGGGUCUGUGAAUGAUUUAGUAUUUAGUUGUCUAUCGGCAAAUUCGCAGAAGUUCAUUGAAUUAAAUUACGCUUCUCUGCUGAACAAGGAUGGUUGCGUUAUCAAUAAUGUUGCGUGUGUGAAUGGGCACGGUUAAUGUAAUUCUCACUGCAAUUCUCACCUGUUAGUCACUCAGUCUAAGCAGAUGGUUUUCUGGCUUUCCCUUUCCAGUUCUGCAAAGAAGCAGCAAGUAAGAGCAGCAAGUAAGAAGUAAGCAAGUAUUUGAACUAUUGGUAUUAAUAAUUGUAUUAUCAAUUGGUGUUGUUAUAAUGAGGCUAUUAUUCCGGACUGUAAUUGAAAACUAAUAAAAAUUAUUACCAAAAAAUAUAUAAAUUAAACUGCAGGAUGUGAAGUCAAGCUGUCUUGUGGCAAAAUGCUAGAACAGGAGGCUUGCUGACGACUUUAGCAAGCCAUUCAGAGUUGCUAACAAUAGGUAAAGGUAAAGGGACCCCUGACCAUUAGGUCCAGUCGUGACCGACUCUGGGGUUGCAGCGCUCAUCUCGCUUUACUGGCUGAGGGAUGCGGCGUACAGCUUCCGUGGCCAGCAUGACUAAGCCGCUUCUGGCAAACCCGAGCAGCGCACAGAAACGCCGUUUACCUUCCCGCCGGAGGGGUACCUAUUUAUCUACUUGCACUUUGACGUGCUUUCGAACUGCUAGGUUGGCAGGAGCAGAGACCGAGCAACAGGAGCUCACCCCAUCGCGGGGAUUUGAACCGCCGACCUUCUGAUCAGCAAGUGCUAGGCUCUGUGGUUUAACCCACAGCGCCACCCACGUCCCUAACAAUAGGUAGCUUUCUCUAAUUGCCAGGUUUUAGGUAAGAGAUGCUGGAUGGAAACUGCAACAGGAUUUUGUGGGCUCGGUACAAUGUAUGUGGAUUAUUAUUAUUACAGUGGUACCUCAGGUUACAUACGCUUCAGGUUACAGACUCUGCUAACUCAGAAAUAGUACCUUGGGUUAAGAACUUUGCUUCAGGAAGAGAACAGAAUUCGUACUCUGGCGGCGCGACAGUAGCAGGAGACCCCAUUAGCUAAAGUGGUGCUUCAGGUUAAGAACAGUUUCAGGUUAAGAACGGACCUCUGAAACGAAUUAAGUACUUAACCCGAGGUACCACUGUAUUAUUAGAGGAUGUAUUCAUGGAAAAACCAAUAAAAAUAUGAAAGAAAGAAAGAAAGAAAGAAAGAAAGAAAGAAAGAAAGAAAUGCCUAUAAACCUGGCAUUGCACAACAUCAGUGACGGAGGUGAGUAAUCCUUUCUCACCCUACCCUCGUCCCUCGGGAUGGGGCGCAGAUUGGAAGGGGUACGAGCAUAUCCGUAUCUCGAUCCCCUUCGCCUAUGACAUCUGCCCCCACCGCCAUACCUCCCUCGCCCCACUACGGUAGCAAUCCCAAGCCUCAAACCAACCUCCAUUUACAAAAUAGAAAAACAAAUCAAACCAAAAACAAUUGUACCAAAACAAAACAAAUCCCCACCCCACUCACUAUCCAACCCCAAACCAACAUAAAACGGAACAAAAUAAAAAUACACCAAUACAAACCACCGUUCACGGGCGUACAACAAAGUAAAAAGUAAAAACCCCUUAAAAACCCUUUAAAAUAUAUAAAAACAUUUUUAACAUUUGCUGCAGCAGCACCAGUGUCCUUAAAACUGUAGCAGUGGCGAGUGUGGGGCCCGCCCCCUAGGCCUGGUGGAGUGGGCCUACAGGAGGGAGGGGCCUUCCUCAACCCCCGCGGUGCAGCAGCAGCAGCAGUGUCCCAGUGCCUCAUGAGGCCUCUUAAGCUGUGGCGGUGGUGAGUCAGUCUGGGCCCCGCCCCUGGGCCAGGUGGAAUCAGCCUGAGGAGGGAGCGGCCUUCCCCAACUCACAGUGCAGGAGCAGGGGCGGUGUCCCACUGCCUCAUGAGGCCUCUUAAGCUGUGGUGAGUCAGUCUGGGCCCCGCCCCCUAGGCCUGGUGGAAUCAGCCUGAGGAGGGAGCGGCCUUCCCCAACUCACAGUGCAGCAGCAGGGGCGGUGUCCCACUACCUCAUGAGGCCUCUUAAGCUGUGGUGAGUCAGUCUGGGCCCCGCCCCCUAGGCCUGGUGGAAUCAGCCUGAGGAGGGAGCGGCCUUCCCCAACUCACAGUGCAGCAGCAGGGGCGGUGUCCCACUACCUCAUGAGGCCUCUUAAGCUGUGGUGAGUUAGUCUGGGCCCCGCCCCCUAGGCCUGGUGGAAUCAGCCUGAGGAGGGAGCGGCCUUCCCCAACUCACAGUGCAGCAGCAGGGGCGGUGUCCCACUACCUCAUGAGGCCUCUUAAGCUGUGGUGAGUCAGUCUGGGCCCCGCCCCCUAGGCCUGGUGGAAUCAGCCUGAGGAGGGAGCGGCCUUCCUCAACCCGCACGGUGCAGCAGCAUUUACCAUUUUUGGUAAAUGUGUUCAUGACUGCAGGUCAAAGGUUGAGCUGAGUACUGAUAAGGGCUUGUUUAUAAUCAUGCAAGAGCGGCUGUGGGGAGCUGCUUCUUCAACAGGUGACACCGAGCACUUUAAGCAGCGGCUGCUAGCUCGAUCUACUUUUGAAGGGUCUCCGCUGUGCCGCCGUGGGGUUUUCGUUGUGGCAGGAAAUAAGAGGAAAGAGGAAAGGGGCCCAACCUGCCAAACUUGCAGUGCACAGGGGGAGGAGGAGGAGACGCAUACUCUUCAUGGAGAGGUAAGGAUUUCUGCCUUGUCCUGGAGGGAAAACUCUCUGGGAACAGAUUCUAGACUGGAAGCACAUCGGGUGGGUGGGAGACGUUGUAAUCGUAGAAUCGUGGGGUUGGAAGGGGUCAGAGGGUCAUCUAGUCCAGCCCCCUGCAGUGCAGGAAUCUCAUUUAAAGCAUCCAGGACAGAUGGCCAUCCAGCCUCUGCUUCAAUGAAGAAGAUAUCUGAUGAAUAUCAAGUGCUUGCUUCUGGAGUGUGGAUCUUGGCUGUCUGUGUCAGGUGUGGAAUAAAGGAGUUCUGGAGAGGCAGGAAAAUGCUGUGCUGAAUUCAGGCAGGGGGGCUCCACUCACUUGGGGAGAAGGCUUUUGUGUAGCCUCUGUCUGUCAGGGACUGGGCAGAGGAGGAAUGGGGGAGACCGUCACCCCAGCCUGACCCUUCCAGAGAAGAAGAAGACAGCUUAGAUUUACAACAGGGGUUUCAGGGAGGUCACAGCUCAGAGGCAGAUGAGGGGAAAGGCUGGGAAAUAAUGGGAGAGGAGGAGGAGGACGGGGGAGAACCAGGGGGGCCACAGCUGACACAGUGUCCUUAGAAAGCAUUCCAGACCCCCCCCCCCUUCCAAAAUAUAGCAGGCCUUGGAAGUUGGAGGGCAAAGAGCUCAAAGGCUGAGGGCACUUCUCAGCACCCAUAGGGAUGACAAAUGAGGAAUGGGAGAGACGGGUGGGGUGCAGUUUCACUCGAAGCAACACAUUAUUCCGAGAGGCUGUAUUCCCAAGCCUCUCUCUGUGAAUACUGAGUAAAAGCUGAUGGUAAGGACUUUUCCAUAUAUUAUCCGUUCCUGGCAACUUGCCAUGGGGGUUGGUUCCUCUGCCGCCUGAUACUAUCAUACAAACCUAGACAAUUGUUUUUACUCUAUUAAGGGGCCAGAUUUUUUGGGGGGGACAUGUGUACUUGUGUGUAUGUGUGUGUAUAGAGGCUGCCCCAGCACAUGGCAAGAAUCUGUGACUGGCAUCGCUAUGUUAACUCCUUGGGAGAACCCAGAACUGUUAGGGACUGAAGGGUCUGUGAAUGAUUUAGUAUUUAGUUGUCUAUCGGCAAAUUCGCAGAAGUUCAUUGAAUUAAAUUACGCUUCUCUGCUGAACAAGGAUGGUUGCGUUAUCAAUAAUGUUGCGUGUGUGAAUGGGCACGGUUAAUGUAAUUCUCACUGCAAUUCUCACCUGUUAGUCACUCAGUCUAAGCAGAUGGUUUUCUGGCUUUCCCUUUCCAGUUCUGCAAAGAAGCAGCAAGUAAGAGCAGCAAGUAAGAAGUAAGCAAGUAUUUGAACUAUUGGUAUUAAUAAUUGUAUUAUCAAUUGGUGUUGUUAUAAUGAGGCUAUUAUUCCGGACUGUAAUUGAAAACUAAUAAAAAUUAUUACCAAAAAAUAUAUAAAUUAAACUGCAGGAUGUGAAGUCAAGCUGUCUUGUGGCAAAAUGCUAGAACAGGAGGCUUGCUGACGACUUUAGCAAGCCAUUCAGAGUUGCUAACAAUAGGUAAAGGUAAAGGGACCCCUGACCAUUAGGUCCAGUCGUGACCGACUCUGGGGUUGCAGCGCUCAUCUCGCUUUACUGGCUGAGGGAGCCGGCGUACAGCUUCCGUGGCCAGCAUGACUAAGCCGCUUCUGGCAAACCCGAGCAGCGCACAGAAACGCCGUUUACCUUCCCGCCGGAGGGGUACCUAUUUAUCUACUUGCACUUUGACGUGCUUUCGAACUGCUAGGUUGGCAGGAGCAGAGACCGAGCAACAGGAGCUCACCCCAUCGCGGGGAUUUGAACCGCCGACCUUCUGAUCAGCAAGUGCUAGGCUCUGUGGUUUAACCCACAGCGCCACCCACGUCCCUAACAAUAGGUAGCUUUCUCUAAUUGCCAGGUUUUAGGUAGGAGAUGCUGGAUGGAAACUGCAACAGGAUUUUGUGGGCUCGGUACAAUGUAUGUGGAUUAUUAUUAUUACAGUGGUACCUCAGGUUACAUACGCUUCAGGUUACAGACUCUGCUAACUCAGAAAUAGUACCUUGGGUUAAGAACUUUGCUUCAGGAAGAGAACAGAAUUCGUACUCUGGCGGCGCGACAGUAGCAGGAGACCCCAUUAGCUAAAGUGGUGCUUCAGGUUAAGAACAGUUUCAGGUUAAGAACGGACCUCUGAAACGAAUUAAGUACUUAACCCGAGGUACCACUGUAUUAUUAGAGGAUGUAUUCAUGGAAAAACCAAUAAAAAUAUGAAAGAAAGAAAGAAAGAAAGAAAAAGAAAGAAAGAAAGAAAGAAAGAAAUGCCUAUAAACCUGGCAUUGCACAACAUCAGUGACGGAGGUGAGUAAUCCUUUCUCACCCUACCCUCGUCCCUCGGGAUGGGGCGCAGAUUGGAAGGGGUACGAGCAUAUCCGUAUCUCGAUCCCCUUCGCCUAUGACAUCUGCCCCCACCGCCAUACCUCCCUCGCCCCACUACGGUAGCAAUCCCAAGCCUCAAACCAACCUCCAUUUACAAAAUAGAAAAACAAAUCAAACCAAAAACAAUUGUACCAAAACAAAACAAAUCCCCACCCCACUCACUAUCCAACCCCAAACCAACAUAAAACGGAACAAAAUAAAAAUACAUCAAUACAAACCACCGUUCACGGGGGUACAACAAAGUAAAAAGUAAAAACCCCUUAAAAACCCUUUAAAAUAUAUAAAAACAUUUUUAACAUUUGCUGCAGCAACACCAGUGUCCUUAAAACUGUAGCAGUGGCGAGUGUGGGCCCCGCCCCCUAGGCCUGGUGGAGUGGGCCUACAGGAGGGAGCGGCCUUCCCCAACUCACAGUGCAGCAGCAGGGGCGGUGUCCCACUGCCUCAUGAGGCCUCUUAAGCUGUGGCGGUGGUGAGUCAGUCUGGGCCCCACCCCUAGGCCUGGUGGAGUGGGCCUACAGGAGGGAGGGGCCUUCCUCAACCCCCGCGGUGCAGCAGCAUUUACCAUUUUUGGUAAAUGUAUUCAUGACUGCAGGUUAAAGGUUGAGUUGAGUACUGAUAAGGGCUUGUUUCUUCAACAGGUGACACCGAGCACUUUAAGCAGCGGCUGCUAGCUCAAUCUACUGUCGAAGGGUCUCCGCUGUGCCGCCAUGGGGUUUUCGUUGUGGCAGGAAAUAAGAGGAAAGAGGAAAGGGGCCCAACCUGCCAAACUUGCAGUGCACAGGGGGAGGAGGAGGAGACGCAUACUCUUCAUGGAGAGGUAAGGAUUUCUGCCUUGUCCUGGAGGGAAAACUCUCUGGGAACAGAUUCUAGACUGGAAGCACAUCGGGUGGGUGGGAGACGUUGUAAUCGUAGAAUCGUGGGGUUGGAAGGGGUCAGAGGGUCAUCUAGUCCAGCCCCCAGCAGUGCAGGAAUCUCAUUUAAAGCAUCCAGGACAGAUGGCCAUCCAGCCUCUGCUUCAAUGAAGAAGAUAUCUGAUGAAUAUCAAGUGCUUGCUUCUGGAGCGUGGAUCUUGGCUGUCUGUGUCAGGUGUGGAAUAAAGGAGUUCUGGAGAGGCAGGAAAAUGCUGUGCUGAAUUCAGGGAGGGGGGCUCCCCUCACUUGGGGAGAAGCCUCUGUCUGUCAAGGACUGGGCAGAGGAGGAAUGGGGGAGACCGUCUCCCCAGCCUGACCCUUCCAGAGAAGAAGAAGACAGCUUAGAUUUACAACAGGGGUUUCAGGUAGGUCACAGCUCAGAGGCAGAUGAGGGAAAAGGCUGGGAAAUAAUGGGAGAGGAGGAGGAGGACAGGGGAGAACCAGGGGGGCCACAGCUGACACAGUGUCCUUAGAAAGCAUUCCAGACCCCCCCUUCCAAAAUAUAGCAGGCCUUGGAAGUUGGAGGGCAAAGAGCUCAAAGGCUGAGGGCACUUCUCAGCACCCAUAGGGAUGACAAAUGAGGAAUGGGAGAGACGGGUGGGGUGCAGUUUCACUCGAAGCAACACAUUAUUCCGAGAGGCUGUAUUCCCAAGCCUCUCUCUGUGAAUACUGAGUAAAAGCUGAUGGUAAGGACUUUUCCAUAUAUUAUCCGUUCCUGGCAACUUGCCAUGGGGGUUGGUUCCUCUGCCGCCUGAUACUAUCAUACAAACCUAGACAAUUGUUUUUACUCUAUUAAGGGGCCAGAUUUUGGGGGGGGGGGGACAUGUGUACUUGUGUGUAUGUGUGUGUAUAGAGGCUGCCCCAGCACAUGGCAAGAAUCUGUGACUGGCAUCGCUAUGUUAACUCCUUGGGAGUGCGCGCACGGGUGCGCGCGCACGGGUACAGAAAUGCGUGCAUGCAGGCUCAGAGUGGAAAAGGCCAAUGGCGGAGGAUAGGGUGAGCAGUCAGGAUGCAGCCUAGAUAACAUCCCAGAUUCGUAUGCUUGGUUUAGCGCCCAACCCAUUUAAAGCUCUUCCUUUCCUCCAUCAACUUAAAUAGGAGAGCUAUAAUAGGUGCAGCUCCUUCUCUGACAGCGGUCACUCUGUGAAUAACAGAAGUUCUAGCCAGAUAGCUUUAUUUUAUUGCACCUGCUUAACUAGUAGGAACUUUGGAGAAGAGUGACUAGUGGGGUGCCACAGGGUUCUGUCUUGGGCCCGGUCUUAUUCAACAUCUUUAUCAACGACUUGGAUGAUGGACUCAAGGGCAUCCUGAUCAAAUUUGCAGAUGACACCAAACUGGGAGGGGUGGCUAACACCCCAGAGGACAGGAUCACACUUCAAAACGACCUUGACAGAUUAGAGAACUGGCCCAAAACAAACAAGAUGAAUUUUAACAGGAGAAAUGUAAAGUAUUGCACUUGGGCAAAAAAAUGAGAGGCACAAAUACAAGAUGGGGGACACCUGGCUUGAGAGCAGUACAUGUGAAAAGGAUCUAGGAGUCUUGGUUGACCACAAACUUGACAUGAGCCAACAGUGUGACGCGGCAGCUAAAAAGCCAAUGCAAUUCUGGGCUGCAUCAAUAGGAGUAUAGCAUCUAGAUCAAGGGAAGUAAUAGUGCCACUGUAUUCUGCUCUGGUCAGACAUCACCUGGAGUACUGUGUCCAGUUCUGGGCACCACAGUUCAAGAAGGACACUGACAAACUGGAACGUGUCCAGAGGAGGGCAACCAAAAUGGUCAAAGGCCUGGAAACAAUGCCUUAUGAGGAACGGCUAAGAGAGCUGGACAUGUUUAGCCUGGAGAAGAGGAGGUUAAGGGGUGAUAUGAUAGCCAUGUUCAAAUAUAUAAAAGGAUGUCACAUAGAGGAGGGAGAAGGGUUGUUUUCUGCUGCUCCAGAGAAGCGGACACGGAGCAAUGGAUCCAAACUACAAGAAAGAAGAUUCCACCUAAACCUUAGGAAGAACUUCCUGACAGUAAGAGCUGUUUGACAGUGGAAUUUGCUGCCAAGGAGUGUGGUGGAGUCUCCUUCUUUGGAGGUCUUUAAGCAGAGGCUUGACAACCAUAUGUCAGGAGUGCUCUGAUGGUGUUUCCUGCUUGGCAGGGGGUUGGACUCGAUGGCCCUUGUGGUCUCUUCCAACUCUAGGAUUCUAUGAUUCUAUUCUAUGAUUCUAUGAUCGGAGCGUGCACUUUGUAAACCAAGAGUUUGUGCACACCAGAUUCUACUGUGAAUUGGAGGCUAUUUGAGUCCAGAUUUUCAGGGCGUCAUCCUGAUGAGGCUGGUCUAUAACUGUGGGCAUCUCACUUUUUAUUUUAUUUUUCUUUUAGCAUGAAUUUGGAUUUCCAGGCUCCUGUUCAAAACUGAAAAUAAAAUAAAAUAAACCUCCGACCCGCUCCUACUGGUGCCUGGCUGGGCUGCUCCUUCCUUUGGCUCCUCCCUGCCUCCCUUCUCCUCUGUGGCAAUCCUUUCGCUUUGCCCAGCCAGUAGCUGAAUUGUGUGCCCUGCUUUCCCUUGCCUAUCUGUUCUUUUCCUGAGUGCAGCCACCCUCAGAAAGCAAGCUUUACUAACAAUAAUAAUUUUAUGAUUUGUACCCCACACAUCUGGCUGGUCCACGCUGGACUGCAUCCUAGAUCUUGCCCCCUGCUUCUUCCUCCCUCCCUCCACCUGCUCUCAGGAUCCGCAAGUGGACUGGCCAUGCGCCGGCUGAGCAGAUUGCUUUGAACCAGCCUUCCUCUUGUUGCAGAGGAGCAGAGGAUGCUGCCUUCUGCUGAAUCAGACCACUGCUCCAUCUAGCUCAGUACUGUAGGCACUGACUGGCAGUGGCUCCCCAGGAUUUCAGGCACAGGUCUCCCAUCCCUGCCUAGGGGUGCUGGUACCUUCUGCGUGCCUUCAGCUGCCAGCUAGUAUUUGGAAACACUGCUGCCCCCUACUGGGCAGGUGGCCAGUAGCCAUUGAUAGCCCUCUCCUGCAUGAAUUUAUCCGGUCCUCUUUCAAAGCCAUUCACGAUGGCAGCCACUGUCUCCUGGGGGAUCAAGUGCCAUAGUUUAGAGUAUGUGCUGUGUAGAGAAGUACUUUCUUUUAAACUGUUAACGGAGAAAUUUGAGGGCUCCCUUGGACAAAGGCAAAGACACCAGCCAGGAAUAUCAGAGCAAAACAGCAGCCAGUAGGCUUGGUCUUUAUUGUAAACUGUCAUGACAGGACUCCAACUCACUGCAAGAUGAAGCAAGAUGGAAACCCCGAACAAAAGGCGACCCCAACUUUUAUCCAUUCCUAAUCCCCAUGCUACACCCCUAAAACUACAUCAUUGCUACAUCAUAACUACAUUACUGAUACAUCCCAAAAAAGGAGGGGUUGAGGCCGUAACCUGAGUGUCUUGGCACCUGUCUCGUUCCUCCCCUCUCCCUUCUCAAGCGGACAUUCCACAGAACAGAGAGAAGUUCACAGUUUCCUGCCCCCAGAGGGGAGGGUUGACUACUGUCUUUUGUUUUAGUCCGUACCGAAUCCAUUUCCAAAUGCUGGUUCUUUGUAAGUGAAAUGAUCCAUAGUCUGGCACCAUCAACGUUAGUAUGUCCGCUCACUGCGGACGUAUUGGUACGCCUGGGGGAUUAUGGCUGCCCUAGGUCAAGCCUCCCCCAUUUGAUAGUCCUUCUUCCAAGGUGCAAAACAAAAGUGGAACGGCACAGAUCUGACAUACGGUUAAAUUUCUAUGAAUUUAUAACAGAAACACUAUAGAGGUAGAUAUACCUCUAUAGGUUUUGAGAUACCUUCAAUCAAAGCGGAAACAUUCUGACACAUUCUGAAAAGAUUAGUCAUGGUUAAUUAAUUCCGGAUAUGUUGUAUUACAGCUUGUCAAAGUCAUUGAGCAAGAUAGACAGCGGCCUUGCAGUACCUGCUUGGCUGCCACAAGGGGCGCUGUUUGGUUACAUUCAUUGGCUAGAGCGCAGCGAUUUAUUUGAAUAGGGAAACAGUCUACCCAGUUUGAGAAUAGGGAACGGGUUCCGUGGGGGCCAGACUUCUAUGUUUAGGCACUUUAUGGAGGCCCUUACAAAAAAAAGUUUACCAAUGGGAGUUGUGUGUGUGUGUAUUCGUGUCGUGCUUGUGGAACUGGGGGGGGGGGAUUCCUGCAACAAUCCUAAAUCUUCCAACAUUCGGCUUUGUUGGAUACCCACUGAUUCUAGUGUCCUAACAAGAGUGGGAGAAAAGCUUUUCUCUUUCCACUUUCUUUGUGUCAUGCAUAAUUUUAUAAACUUCUAUAGAUGUACAGCUUAUGAACAAAGUUAAAAAUUACAGUAGCUGCCCUGCUGCCCUUUGCUUCUAGCUCUGUGGAAUGUGACACAGAAGGAAAUUUGAGGGGGAAAGAUUCCCCACCUCUCUUCUUUCCUACGGCUGCUGAGCAUGUUCAGACCUCAAUGGAUCAAUUGGGGGGGGGGGGCUGUCCUCUUCACUUAAAUAGAUGUACUUCUGCAAACCUAAAUUUUUGAUACCUCCCUCUUGUUUCCCAUAAAGGCAUCUGGUGCUUCGGCAAGCAAGGGUUGUUUUGCCUGUAAAUAAGGUUUUCUAUUAUCUUUCUGAAGGAUGAAGGAUCUGCUGGAAGGUGAUCCAAAAAUGGUGGAACAUGCCAAUACCUACGAGAAACCUGUAAACAGAGCAGAACAAGUUGUGUUUUUAGCUCAACAGAAUAGAACUAUUCUCAUUUCUUCAUAUUUGGAGAUGAGAGAAAAAUAUGGUAAGCAAGUUAAUUCUGAUGCAUGAAAAGUAUCAAGAAGGAGACUUGAGACAGAUUGUAGUUUGUUGGGGGGGGUUAAAGAGCGAGCUCUUAAGAAUCUCUUUUUGCAGAAUGCGCAGUCAUGUCAUUCCAUUUUGUAAGCAGGUUUUGGUAGUUUGCAAAAUCCUGCCCAGCCUCUGUAGCCAUAGGUGACGAUGGGCCAUAUUCACAACAGCGUGGCUGAAAAUGAACGUGGGCCAUUUUCAAAUGAAACAAAUAACUUGCAUGGAGACUUUGCUACCAAAUGAAGCAAAGUGGGUAUUAAUGAAAAAUCACCUGUAGCUGUUGUGAUGGUGAUGGUGAUGUUUAAUAAUAAUAAUAAUAAAAAUAAUAAAAAUACCUCCCCCAUCUGGCUGGGUUUCCCCAAACACUCUGGGCAGCUCCCAACAGAAUAUUAAAAACAUGAUACCAGGUGCUUACAGGAACAGGAACCUAGAACUAGAACCUCGCAGGAAAGAGUGCACACCUGGUAAGGAGGCUUGAGGUCCUACACCUCUCAGGAGUAUUUGAGCAUCCUAGAACUGCCUAUGAUCUGCUUGCAUUGCUCAUGCCUAUGGAGGGAGAAAGAUACAGAAACCCAGAACUGCCCACUCCCUAAGCCUUGAACACCCAUCUGCUCUUUGCUAUUGGCAGGCACAAUUCCAACACCACCUGGCCUUGUUGAAAAGCGAGAAGGACAGUGGGGAGGUCCUCACAGUGAACCAAAGGAAGGGACUGGAGAUGCUGCAGGUAAGUUUGCCACCUUAGGCAAAGCUGUCUUUGAUGAUGAUGAUGAUGAUGAUAAAUACCCGCCCAUCUGGCUGAGUUUCCCCAGCCACUCUGGGCGGCUCCCAACAGAAUAUUAAAAACACAAUAAAGCAUCAAACAUUGAAAUCUUCCCUAAACAGGGCUGCCUUCAGAUGUCUUGUUUUUUCUUCACUUCAGAAAAGCUAAUGAAAUGCAAAGAUGCAAAUGAGUGGGCAGGUGCUUGUAUUAACUGCUAGAAAUAGGGUUAUAAAAAUAAAAAUGGGCAUCUGGGGUGACAGAGAGAGGGUCAGGAAACAGAGAAAGCCCUUACCCUGCUGUAUAUAUAUGCUACUCCUCAGCUACUGAGGCCCAUCCUCAUCAUCACCUAUGGCUACAUAGGCUGGGCAGGAUUUGGCAAACUAUGAAAACCUAUCAAAAUGCACAGUCUAGCAUAAAAAAUAAACCAGAGGUGGCAAAGAAGGAGAAAAUGUAUACUUUUAAAGAUCAAAGUAUACGUUUUCUCCUUCUUUGUUACCUCUGGUUUAUUUUCAUCAAUUACAAGGGGGGCAGGGAGUAAUGCAUACAGUGGCGUAGCAUGGGUUGUCAGCACCCGGGGCAAGGCAAGUAAUUUGCGCCCCCUAACCCGUGGAGCCAGGUAGGGGCAGAGAGCUGCGAGUGCGAGCGCCCCCCCAGAUGUUGCGCCCAGUGCGGCCGGCCCCCCCUGCACCCCCCACGCUACGCCACUGAAUGCAUAUGCUAGAUGUCUGCUCUGGGAACAGUUGAAUUCUUCAGCUAUAGGUAAAAGAUUGCUCUUUCUGAUCAAAUGUCUUAUCUUGGUAGGUGUCUAUCCCUGUUUGCCCUCUAGCUAUUCCUAGUAGCGAUCAGAAAAAGAUUCUGUGUGAAAUUAGACAAAAAGAAAAAGAGCUGGGAAUAUCUCCAACAAAUACAAAUAUUACCUGGCAUAUUAAGAUGCUGCAGGGACAGCUGUGCUAGCAACGCAGGAGAUAGAAGCAAAAUUGAAAUAUAUUCCUGAAUGCCAAAAUAAAUAGAUAUUGCAAUAAUAUCAAGAGUUCUGGUAUUAGCAACCCAGUUCAUCAUGGAAGUUUUAGUUUAUUGUAUGUGUGUUGAUGUGGCUACAUGUGAAACACGCCUUGUAGGUGAGAUUUGUGUUCUUCCUUAGUAAUGGUAAAUCAAGACCAUUAUUUGUGUGUGUUAAUUUCAUUUCAGGGGAUCACCAUAAUUAUCAGGGUAGAGGAAUCACAUCUAAGCGUACCAUCUUAUUUGCAUUCAUUAUUAUGCUCCCCUUCCUCAUCACCAUCAUUGCUCUUGCUGUCCGGAGAGGUGAGUUUUCUGCCUCUUUUCUUAGUGCUUUCUUCCAGGUCUGUCCCAGUCAUGACUUCUGUCUGCCAUCAGCACUUUGGCUUCUAAUAGCCAGUUCACACUUAGCAGCAGCAGAUAGGAAAACAGCUGCCUUUGGCUGAAUCCAUAUUAUCCAUGCUCUUGCCAAUGGCUCUCUGGGACUUUGGAGGGGAUCUUUCCCAGCUCUACCUGAAGUUGCCAGAGAUUGAACCCAAGGCCGUCAGCAUGCAAAGCAGAUGCUCUUCCACUGAGCAACAAAGCUCCCCCAAGUUGUGUGAUUCCUCUACUGCUACUUCCCUUUCCUCUCUCCAAGAUGCAUCUGAAUCCAGGGGCCACAAGAGCUGCUUAUUGAUUCCUUCUUUGCCCUCCCUCCAAGCCGGAGGUUGAAAUGUUAUGUGCAGAUCACAGUACACAGCAGAACUUUCUCUCUCUUGCAGGGGGGAAAUCCAACCAGAUUUGCCCUGAUGUUUUUUUGAGAGCAACAUGCCCAGCUGGCUGGAUUUUCUAUGAAGGAAAGUGUUACUUUUUCUCAGAAGAAGAAAAAAACUGGACAUCUGCCCAGAGCUUUUGCAUAUCCCAGGGCUCUUCUCUGGCUGAGAUUCAGUGUGAGCAUGAAAAGGUGAGACCAAGAAAUGUAUAAAUGUUUGUGAGAAUUAUCUCCUGCACAGCACUAUGGAAGAGCUAUCCUUAUGGAAAUAUAAAGAGAAUCUGUGAGGUAACGUGGCUUUGUCAUAGCUUGAUGCAAACAAAUUAUCCAUCUUGCAGCCAUUAUGAUCAAGGAUAAUAGGAAUUAUAGAUCAAUUCCCCAGCAAGUUCCCCAUCCCUGCUAUAUACUCUUCCUUCAGCCACUUUCCCAUCCUUCUUGAACUCCUUCCUUCUGCUAUCUAAGUCUCACUUUCUUUGCAUCUCCAGUCUCACUGCCCAGGUCUCUGUCAGAAGUUCGUUCUCCUCCCACAAGUGGCAUUAUUUGAGGUGGAAGGCUCAUUUGGAGGCACUGUUCUAAGCUGUUUGUGUGUUUUCAACCAAGGUGUUCAUGCUCCGGUUCAAGGGCGAAGCUGACCAUUGGAUUGGCCUUCAGAAGGACUUCAAUGAUACCUGGAUAUGGGCAGAUGGAUCAGAAUACAGUAACACGUGAGUCCUUGUUCUUCUCCAAAUUGGGACUAAGGAGCGACCAUGCUGUGUACAGUGAGUGGAUCCCAAACCUGAAUCUGUAACCAAAAAUCACUCCAGAAUGUGAACUUCAAGGAAUCAGGAUUGCACCAAAGCAUAAACCUCACAGUAACCUUCCUGAUAUGUCGGGGUUUCUCACCUCUGACCAUACACACAGAAACCAUCCACACUGCCGACAAACUCCAGCUAAUGCUCUUGAGCUCCUCUGGUGUGGAGAAAGUCCUUGUCUUCCCACUCUCAUAAGACUUAAGGUCAAUCAAUUAAGCUGAAAGGUAGGUGAUUCAGGAUGCACUAAUGUGUUUCUUCACACAUUACAAACUAUGGAAUCGCCUCCCACAAGAUGGACAGCUUUAGCAGGGAAUUAGACAGACCCAUGGAGAACAAGACUGUUGAUGGACCCUGAUGAUGAGUCAUAUGCUGCCUCCAGGAACUGAGACAGUGUAGCCUUGAAUACAAGUUGCUGUGGAACAAUCAUUGGGGAAGGUUCUAGUAAAAGCAUAGGUAUUUUAUUGAUUUCUGGGUAAACAGUGAAGAGAAAGGAAACAAUACAAAAUAUCAAGUACAGAUCAUCCGUCAUACAACCAGAGCACAAAACCACACAGGGUGAAGUUUAUCCGUGGAUCAGAUCUCUCCAUAAUGUAACAGGUGGUUUGAUUAGGGAGGCUGAUUUAUGAGUAUAAUCAAGAAACAUAAGCCAUGUACUCUCACACUUUCUUAAUCUGCUAUCUAACAAUCCUGCUAUGCUCCCUGACCGGCCUGCCAGUCAUGCAAUGUAAGCAAACCAUGCAACACAAGCCCCAAAUCAAUGGAUUCAAGUUACAGGAAAGGAGAUUCGGACUAAAUCUCAGGAAGAACUUUCUGACAGUAAGAGCUGUUUGACAGUCAGACUCCCUUGGGAGGUUGUGGACUCUCCUUUAUCGGAGGUUUUUAAAUAGAGGUUGGAUGGCCACCUGCCAAGGGUUCUUUAGCUGUGAUGAGCACAAUGGGACUUGCUUUUGAGUAGACAUGGCUAGAGGCUUACACCAUAAGUCUCUGAUAUAGAAAGUUAUGAAAUGAUCUGGAACUAAGCUCCCAUUUCUAAUGGAUCUGAUUCUUGGCUACAUAGUUUAUGACACUGUCCCACACAUGCAAAACAGAGCAACCAACCUGGCUUGCCCUUUCUUCUUGUGUUGCAGGUUGGUGGUGAAAGGAAGUGAAAACUGUGCCUAUCUAAGCAAGGAGUUUGUCAUUCCCUCCCCUUGCAACAUACCAAAAAUGUGGAUCUGCAGUCACCCUGAUGCGUAUAUGAGAAAUAAAAACUCUACAGCAGGAAAAGUCAUAUGCCAAGAGGAAUUAUGGUAAGUCCCAGUUAUGUAAGAAAUCAGCAAUUUCCAUUCUGGCCCAUUUUAAUCACAAUCAGCACUAUUUCCACUCUGCUGCAGUUUGAUUUCCUUCUAAUGCUACAAUAUUCAGCUCACUGUCUACUAUGCAACAUCGUUUGUGCAACUUGCAUUUAUUUCUGUGUAAAGGAAACAUCAAAACAAUGUAAGAAAGUAUUUAAUGACAUACCAUUUGCGGACAUCAAGACAGCAACAACAAUCAGGUGAACAAAUACAGAUUGUAUUCACUUGAUUCUCUGACCACAGAGCUGCCACCAUUUCUGCUUGCUUUUCUGUUUUUGUCACAAUUCUCUGACAUGCUUAGGUAAGCCUUUCCAUUGUAUGACCUAGAUACUGUUUCUAGAAGGAAAGGCAGCAAAUUGUAUGGAAACAAUUUUACAGCAAAGCUGGUGUGUGACAGGAGACUACAGAUAGGAGUGCUCAGCUCUGACGCUUGUUCACAGCUUCAUACAAAACCUCAAAUGAUCUGAACUAGGCUUCAGUGCCUGCACACUUUCAACCUGAUCUUUGUACAACAUCAGCUAGAAACUUGUCUUACUUUAUACUGAAUCUUGAAAUCUGUCACCAAGAAGAGAAUGGAAAAUCAUAAGCAGGGACAUUGGGCUUCUACAUUGAACCUAGCCAUUUGCUAACUAAGUGGAGAGGGCACAAGCUGAUGAUUCAUGGAUUUAUGCCAUUCUGCCAGAAAUCCAUCAAAUUUUUCUUCUAUUUCAGAUUAUUAGAGUUGUGAAGAUGACCACCUACACAAAAGUUGACUUGGUGCAGGCUCAAUACAAGACAAAUGUGCAACUCUGCUCUGGUGGCUUACCACAGGAAAUUGUCAUAUGAUCAUUGCUAUAGGAUGUUACAAUGACCACAAGCAUAGGUGGCUUUCAAAGUGGACUGUCCUUGGUUCAAAGAGCACAGGCACAUUGACAGCUAUUAACCAGGGCAGCCAGGGACUGGACCACCCCAUUCAGAGGCAGGUGUACAACUUGGUUUUUAUUGGGGGCAUAUGGCUGGAGACUCAAGAGUACAUUAUACUGACCCAGACUGGCAGCUCUCAUGUUUCUGGCUUACAUCAUUGUGCAGCACAGUUGGGGAUCCUGGGCAAAAUAUUAUCCGACUCCUUUCAUUUCAUCUGGCAUUGUCCAGUGGCUCCUCAUAGCCAGACGAAGUGUCCACUAGUGCCAUCAUGUUUCUGCCAUCUGUAUUCUGCCAGAAAUUGUUUCCUUAAUAUAGAAUCCAUGCCUCAUCCAACCCAGGGCUGGAUUAACCUGCAGGGACUGCCCUGCUUCUCUCUACCUGGCUUGGGGCGGGGCCUGACAGGCUCCAUAAAGGAGUGCAGCUGGGCAGAGAGGGCUCCAUUUCUGUUUUUGUUUAAAAUUGCUCCCUUCAUUACUAUCAAAUAAGGGAGGCUUAUAAUCUAGAUAAAAAGAUUGGUUUCCAGGAGGAAAAAUCAAAAUUGGAGACAGAACUGUUAGAUCCUAAAACUAAGAAUUUAUCAAGAAUGUAUAACUUGCUGUUGAAAUGGAAUACACAGGAUGAAACGGUUAAAUCUGUUAUGAUUAAAUGGGCACAAGAUUUUGGACAUAAUAUUAUGUUUGCUGACUGGGAACAGUUAUGGACCACAGGUAUGAAAUUUACGGCUUGUAAUGCCUUAAGAGAAAAUAUAAUGAAAAUGAUUUACAGGUGGUACUUAACCCCAGUCAAGCUAGCAAAAAUCUAUCAUUUGCCAGGCAGUAAAUGUUGGAAAUGUAAAGAGACGGAGGGUACAUUUUUUCACCUUUGGUGGACAUGCCCAAGGAUUAAGGCUUUCUGGGAAAUGAUAUAUAAUGAACUGAAAAAGGU